GAAAGAGGUACACGAAACGAUGCAAAUACCAAAGCGACAAAUCCCAACCGUCAAAUUCUCUCUCUGGAAUUCUCCUUGAACAAAACGGGCCAAAAUAUUUUUGUGGGUGAGCAAAAAACCGAUGCUGAAUUGUUGAAUUAGUGAAUCUUUUUGAGGUAUGAUGGCGGAAUCAGCUGCCGCAAACACUCUUAAUGGAUUCUCUCCGGUUUCUUCUCCUCCGUUUUUUUGGAAAUCUAGGAAAAGAUUUGCUGUGUGAAGAACACGAACGAGGCGGCAGAUGGCUCGUGUCGUCAGCUGAGGAGAAGCACCAAGAACCGAACAGCCUCUCAGAGAAGCGCAAGGCUCUGUUUGAACCACUGGAACCAGUGAUCAACACUAACGGGAAACGACCUUCUGCGGAAACCCUACUCCCGCCUCCCGACUUCGAAUCAGCAAGCUACCCAAAGGGGUGGCUGAUCGCGAAGAAUCGGAAGCUGGUGAACGUGGACGUUGUGGAGAGCAUGCGGAGGAUCGCAGUGCAGGAGAUGAACCGGAAGGACAACGAGCAGCUGGAAGAGGGCGCGCGAUGCCUGGAGCACCAGCUGCUCGAUGAACGGAGCAAACGAGCAGAUGUGGAGAGACAAAACACAAUGCUGCAGAGCCAGAUAACGAUGCUGAUGGAGAUGUUGCAGGAGAAUAAAGCAGUGGAGGAUGAGGGGACAUACAUAUUCAUAAAUUUUAGUAUUUUUUCUAUUUGAUUAUACAUAUAUGUAUACUUCCUUUGUUCUCUUGUAAAUGUUAUAAGAAGAAAAUGUGACAAUAUGCAAGACUGAAAAGAGAUGCGAGAUAGUAUUUGCCAAUGAAUAACGCUUAUCUCUAA